CCCUCGUCAUACUUGUCUGUCAUGUAUGCACAUUAUUAAUCUAAUGCCAUACACUCACCACCACCACCAUGCACACACUUACACGCAAAGAUAAAAAGCCAGCAAUCAUCACCACCAAAAGCCCCCUUACCAUUUCCCAAGAACCAAAACCCACACACCUUUGAGUUUGAGUUUUCUUGCUGCUCUAGUUCUCAUUCUUUCUUUGUUCCUCUAACCGAGCCAUGAGAGUACCCGUUACCACACCCCAAACCAACAACAACAACAACAACAGCAACCAAUCUCCAAACCCUAAACCCGAAACCAAUCUCGGAUUCCACACUCCUUCGCGCAUCAAUCCAAACCUCUGCUACGAGCCAACCUCCGUUCUCGACCUCCGCCACAGCCCCAGCCCAGUGGCGGCCGAUAAGCCUUCAAAAGUUUCAGCUAUCUCCGACGUCCUGACUCACCCGAAUCACCAUGAGCCUGUCGAGUGGGUCGAUGAGCAGGAUCUUCACAACUUGGACUGGGAAUCCCUCAUGAUAGACUUGGGCUUGCACGACGACUCUGUCCUUAACCUGAGACCUACUACUAAUACACAGCUGAACCCCCACCCCAACAGCGAGCCUCAGAUUCCUCAUCUCCCGGAGUACCCUCUUCCACAGCCCUUCGAUCCCACCCAGCUGGUCCACUCCGACUUCAACCUCUCCGGGGUCUACUCCUCCCAGAAUUUCAGCCACCACAAUCUGCCUUCAUAUGAUCAGACCGAUAUUCAUUCCUCGGUGAACUCCAACGUGGGGUUCGAUUUCAUCGAGGAGCUGAUCCGAGCCGCGGACUGUUUCGACUCUGACGAGCUCAACCUGGCUCAGGUGAUCCUCGACCGGCUCAACCAACGUCAGCGAUUGUCCUCGCCCAACCCAAAACCUCUUGGAAAACCUCUCCAGCGAGCCGCAGUUUAUUUCAAAGACGCUCUCCAGUCCCUCCUCAACAACUCCACAGGUUCAAGUCCGGUUCGCAACCUCUCCUCCUGGUCUGAGAUUGUCCAGACCAUCAGAGCCUACAAGGGCUUUUCGGGGAUUUCGCCUAUCCCGAUGUUCUCGCACUUCACAACUAACCAGGCGCUCCUCGAAGCGCUCAACGGCUUCAGCUUCGUCCACGUCAUCGACUUCGACAUCGGCCUCGGCGGCCAGUACGCUUCGCUGAUGAAAGAGCUCGCCGAGAAAGCUGACGUGUCGAGGUCCAACCCGCCGGUGCUGCGCAUCACCGCGGUCGUGCCGGAGGAGUACGCCGUCGAGAGCAGGCUGGUGAGAGAGAACUUGUCCCAGUUCGCUCAGGAACUCAAGAUCAGAUUCCAAAUCGAAUUCCUUCUCGUCCGAACCUUCGAGAUUCUCUCCUUCAAGGCGAUCAAGUUCAUGGAAGGAGAGAAAACGGCGAUUCUGCUGUCGCCGUACAUCAUGCGCCGCCUCAGCUCCGCCGAGAACGUCCGCGCGUUUCUCGGCGACAUCCGGCGCGUGUCGCCUACCGUGGUGGUGUUCGUCGACGGAGAGGGGCUGGCCGAGACGGGAGCGACGUCGUUCAGGAGGAACUUCGUGUCCGGGCUGGAGUUCUUCUCGAUUGUUUUGGAGUCGCUGGACGCGGCGGUGCAGGGUGGCGAGAUGGUGAGGAAGAUCGAGACGUUUCUGUUGAGGCCGAAGAUCGAGGCGGUGGUGGAGGCAGCGGGGAGGAGGGUCCCGCAGUGGCGGGAAGUGUUUCACGGCGCGGGAAUGAGGGCCGUGGAGCUGAGCCAGUUUGCGGACUUUCAGGCCCAGUGCUUGUUGGGCAAGGUCCAGGUCAGGGGGUUCCACGUGGCGAAGCGGCAGGCGGAGCUGGUGCUGUGCUGGCAUGAUAGGGCCCUGGUGGCCACGUCGGCAUGGAGGUGUUAGGGGAUUAGGGGUUUAGCUUAGUUAAAUAAGUAGCUCUUAAUUAAGGAAUUAUGGGUUAUAUAUAGUCUCUGUGUUUAGUGUCAACUAUUGGGGUGGGGGGAGAUUGAGAUGUAAGUAAGGGGCUGUUACUUUCAAGAUCCCGACCAAUUUGUUAUGGUGGGUCUGGGAUCAGGUUUCUGUUGAUGUAUAAGUUUUGUUGGUUUUCUGUAACUUUUUGCGCUUGUGUAUGAACAAAGAUAACAGGGAAAGCUAAGCAAUUAUUGGUCACUUCCCAUCACUUAUGAAUCAAGGCAUGGAAUUUCUUUGAUA